AUGAUCGGGCUCGUCUCUCCCGCUCGUUUGCAGAUUGCACCAGUGGCUAGUCAGGGAUGCAGGAGCAAACGCAUUUCUCGAUGGAAUUCCGACAGCUUCUCUAGAUUCGUUGCCAGACCACCUGCCGUUGUUGAGCGUUCGGCUUUCAAAUGUCGUCAGCUGGCAGUGCGAUCAGGGCCGAACGAUGAGGCGUCAGUCACGCCAGAAAAAACGGAGCAGCAGCAACAGACGGAUGUGGAGAAGGAAGAGCUGGCAGCGAGGCUAGCGGCGGCGGAGGCGGAGGCAGCGGCGCUGCGGCUGGAGUUGGAGCAGCGGCGGCUGGAGAAGGCGGACAAUCUGAUCCGCAUGAAGCCCAACAGCGACGUGUACAUCGACGGCACCGGCGCGCGCGAAACCAUCUUCCAAGGACCCGUCGUCACCGGUGGCAAGAAGGGAGCAGCGCGGUCGUGGGGAUUCACGGAGACGGAGCUACUGAGCGCGCAGGCCGGCGGCGAGGGGGACGGCGAGCUGGACGGCAAGGAGAGAGACGGCAUCGUGACGCGGCGGCUGCUCAUUGGUGCCGGCCUCGCUGUGCUCGCACUUCCUGUCGCUCUGUACGACAUUCCGCUCACAGUGGCCCCUCCCACCAAGCCUCUCUUCUUCUACGUCGUGCCACUUGUCCGCCUGCAAUUGGCUCUCCAGGCCAUCGUUUCACAAGCAGACUCGCUUGAUGUUGUGGCUCUGCGAUCACAGCUGCGCUUUGCAGUGGGCACUGUUGACACCGUCAGAGAAAACCUUGUCAGCACCACUGUCCUGCUAGAGGACAAGUCACAGCAGCCAGCAAAGGAGCUUGCAUUCGAGAUUAUAGACUAUCUGCAACAGGCGGAUUACGGUAAUUAUUUCGAGAACAUGGGUGCUCCAAGCCCAUCACAGCAGUUGGAGUUCCUCUCAUUCAGCCUCAAAUCUAUCAAGGUGUGUAUCCCAUACCCUCCCUGCUGA